GAGUUUGAAUUCGCUCUGUCCCCUGAGGAAGGCUUUUGCGCCUGCGCUCCUAAUGUAACAAGAUGGCGGAAGGUGCGGAACUAAAGGUAAAGCAAGCCCCCGCAUUAGCUUGACAAUUAGACGUUUCUCAGUGCGAGAUUUCAAUUUCAAAGCAUGUCCCCAGUGUCAGUUGACAGCAGAGUCACGAGGAGCUGUGUUAUUGGAAUAUAUAAUAGAAGAAAACAACAGAGCGGCGAGGACCAGAGACACAGUUAGCUGGCAGGCUAGCUCGUUAGCAUUAGCUUUGUUAUUGUUGCCGAGGUUCCGUUAGACUACCUCUGCUGAGCGACUCACCUGCUGAGAAGGCCAAAUAUAGAUUUAAAUUACAAUAAAAACGACAUGUAUGACAACCAUUGGAGCUUAAAGUCAUAGCAGUGUUUACAAACCGGCAUGAACAAAAGUUUGUCGAGCAGACUGUAAUGUUGGUUUAAAAAAUGGGCUCUGUCUAUUCCCUGGAAGACAGGCGCACUUUAGCCUCUACCAGCGUUAUACCUGGCUUGAUUGUCAGACUACAAAAUAUUGAUGUUUUUUCUGUCUGAUAACCUAUGUUGGUUAUUAAUUCUCAAUGGUUGAAACAAGCUGUCUUGAAAGCAGACUAAACCGGCUCCCUAAAGGCGUUUUAACAGCUAGCCACGAUGAGCUAACAGUCAGUUUAUGUCGUCCUCUUUCCCUCUCUGCUGUGUUUGCAAUGUACUGCUUCAAAGUUGUCUAAAUGGCUGAGAAACCUUUGUUUAGUGUCUAGCCUUGCCCCUCACUGACUGUUUUAUUCGUAUACAGUAAAGAAAUGUUUGGAAUACAACAGACUUUUCUUUUUUGUGCCAUUAUGGAUCAGAUUUCAAGCUACUGGACAAUGUCUUCAUAUUGGUAUGUUGACAUUUUUCAGGCACUUAGUUGGAGUAAAUUUUGCCAGUAAACUGCCAAUGAGAAACCCUUGAUUAGGAGCUUUACUUAGGAGUUGUAGAUAUUCACACAGUGCAAUGGUAGUACAUGAGAAGUGUGGAUUGUAAAGAUUGAGGGGCAGAGCUAAUCCUGCAGUAUAUAUACAGAUGAUUGUAUGUAUUGUUUCUAUAAUUUCAUUGUAUGGUACAGAUUUUUGGAGUGAGAAUAUACAUGUAUAUAUAAAAUAUCACACUGACAGAAACCCUACACGCAUAUUUUCUCAUAGUAAAAUGUAUCAAGAAGUGUUUUUGUUGUUUUUUUUAAAAUCGGAUUGCACUGCAUUAUUAUCAUGUGGCGCAUGCUGUGGUGUUAAUUGUGUCACCCUUGAAAGAAGUAGACUGCUAAGGUUGUCUCAGAGUGGCACUGUUUGUUAAAUAGACAGUGUGUGGUUAUCUUAAUGUCAGUCUAUUGUGAAGAUCAUGGCUGUGAAAAGGCUAAAUAAACAAAAUUUCUUCCUGUUUCAAGGUUAUCUCAAAUAUGAAAAUGUCAUGGGUGUGGACGAUUUGCAAGCCAGUGAAAUAUUUGAAUGAUGAAGAAAUGACUUGGGAAUGUUUGACAGUGGAAUAAGAUCAGUCUCAGGAAAUAGGAAACUUGUUUCUAGUGUCAGAAAAUGUGUUUGCCACAGUGUAACACAUCAUUUUUUCACACUUUGUUUUUCAUCAGCAAAUGGUAAUGAGCCUUCGAGUUUCGGAGCUCCAAGUGUUGUUGGGGUAUGCAGGACGCAAUAAGCAUGGGCGUAAACACGAACUUUUGACCAAAGCCCUCCACCUACUCAAGGCUGGAUGCAGUCCGGCUGUGCAGAUGAAGAUUAAAGAGCUCUAUAGACGGCGGUUCCCAACCAAAAUGGUGUCACCAGUGGACCUGGCUCUCCCUGGAGUUCAUUCUGCCUCCAACCUUGCCCAUCUGGGGUUUGACAGCCAUGGUUCCCCUUCACCUCUGCUGCCUGUGUCUUUACUCGGGCCUAAGCAUGAGCUGAGCCUGCCUCACCUUCCCUCUGCCCUGCACCCUGUACAUCCCGAUGUCAAGCUACAGAGAUUGCCAUUCUAUGACAUGCUUGAUGAGCUCAUCAAGCCUACUAGUCUGGGUGAGUCCGCCACUUCCCGCUCAGCUUUCUCUCACAUACAUUCUUGUGGAGUGUUGUGUCCACAGGUAUCUGAAACAUGAAUGAUCAAAGCUGUAUUCUUUACAAGUUCAGUUAGAGUUUACACCAGUGCUUUGUGUUUUCAUGCUGACUGUAAUUUUCUGUCACUGUUAUUUUCUUUUUCAAAGUCUCAGACAACAGUCAGCGGUUCCAGGAAGCAUGUUAUGCCUUUGCAUUAACACCACAGCAAGUUCAACAAAUCAGCAGUUCGAUGUAAGUGAGAAAACGUUGCUGUGCAAAAAUGAGAAUCGUAGUGUUUCUAACGCCAAAAGACGUUACUGCUAUAACUAUGCAGCACUUAGAUUUUUCUAUGAUUUAGAGUGAUGACAUGCAGUUAUAGUUAUCUGAGUUGUUCAUUGUCUGUGUGUUUUACGAGUCUGACUUGACUCUUCCUUUUAAUCUACAGGGACAUAUCUGGGACCAAAUGUGAUUUUGCUGUUCAAGUACAGUUAAGGUGUGUCUAGAACAUUUUCUUCUUCUGUUUUAAUCAACUCGUGCUGACACUGAGUGUAAAGAGAGUCUGUAUUUUACACGUGUCAGUUCUGGGGCCACCAGAAACAACAGCUCAUAUUUUUUCACUCUCUCACUUGUUUUAAAACACACAGGCACAUUAUGCAGCCUUCUUUAUGAUCCUAUAUGCAUCUAUUAACCACCCUCACAUUUGAUUGACUUGAAGUAUUUAAACCUAACCAGCACAUUAAGAGGCAUUUUCCAAAAACACACUGACCUGAAGAUCAUGUGCGACUUUGUUCUGUAAUCAAAUACUGUAUUAUUGACGAGUGCCACCCUGUAAGAAGGUUGUCCUCUCUGUCUGAAAAGAUGAUAGUUGAUUUUGACUAAACUGAAAAGGUAAAUCAAGCUUUUCCUUUUUUAGAUUUUGUUUAUCGGAAACAAGCUGUCCUCAGGAGGAUCACUUCCCUCCAAAUCUUUGCGUGAAGGUGAACGGCAAACCCUGUAAUCUUCCGGUGAGUCCAGAUACUUUGGCGUUGGUCUGUCUGCUAUGUUGUCUGAAAAAGACUCCACUGGUUUCUGAGCUCGCUGAUGGGGGAUGUUUUGUCUGCAGGGAUAUCUUCCUCCAACCAAAAACGGAGUUGAACCAAAAAGGCCCAGCCGCCCCAUCAAUAUAACCUCUCUUGUUCGACUGUCAACCACAGUUCCUAACACGAUUGUGGUGUCGUGGACUUCAGAAAUCGGGAGGGUGAGGGAAAUCUAGACAAAAUCUCAUGAACCAGCAUAGUUGCUGUGAAGAGGGUUCUAGUCCUCAGAGUGUGACUUGUUUUGUUUACUUUUCUCCCCCUUUUGUUAGAGUUUUUCCAUGGCUGUUUAUUUGGUAAGACAACAGUCAUCUGCAGUGUUGUUGCAAAGACUACGGGCCAAAGGAAUAAGAAACCCUGACCACUCGAGAGCUCUGAGUAAGUUGACACUGGAUUUCACAGUCUAAACAUUGAACAUGUGUCACUGCUACCUCUGUAAGCGAGAAGGCAAUGGAAAAGACUAUCACAUUAUUAUUAACUUGUAUCGUAGAUUUAUGUCUGUUCAUUUUUACUGGCCCAUUCUACCACAAAGUCAUAGCCUGGAAAUCCCCAGAACUAAACUUAGAACUGAAAAAGGAAAUGAGUUCUGUGAAUAUUCUUUGCUUCUCUUAAAGCAGCCGUCCUCUAACUAACUUUGGUUUUCCUCAACCCUAGGUCUUAUACACAGAUCUCAGUCUGUUUUUUUCUUAAAAAUAAUGUAUCUUCAGAUCUACAUAAGCUGUAGAGUUGGAGUGAAGAUGUUUGAAUGUUGCAUUUAUGAAUACUUUUGUGUUUUCUUCCUCUCAGUCAAAGAGAAAUUAACAGCUGAUCCAGAAAGUGAGAUUGCCACCACCAGUCUACGAGUCUCCCUCCUGUGUCCUGUAAAUACUCCUCUACACUUCUUAAUUUUUUCAAAGUGAAAAAAGAAAUUGGAAUUGUUAUAUUUUUAAUUGCCAAGAAAUGUGUUGUGUAUAUGUUAACUCAUUUACUCUAUUCUAUCACACCCUGUCAGUAUGAAACUCUCUGCUACAGUCAUUAAUGCUAGGUCCUGACAGUCAUUGUGUUUGUGUUUGUGCGUUUGUGUGUGUGUUGUCAAGCUUGGGAAGAUGAGGCUGACAAUUCCUUGCAGAUCAAUGACAUGCUCUCACCUUCAAUGCUUCGAUGCUACACUUUAUAUCCAAAUGAACGAGAAGAAGCCCACCUGGGUGUGUCCCGUCUGUGACAAGAAGGCACCGUAUGAGCACCUCAUUAUUGACGGGUGAGCACAACACAAAUUCAUUUGGUGUCUGGCAACAUAUUCUAAAUCUUGUGCUACUGUGUCUAAGCAUUUGAGGUAUGAAACACGUGCAGAUGUUUGUCAUUUUUGCCUCAAUGUCUGCUAAGAGAGUUUAAGUGCUACAACAGAGUUCAACCUACCUCAAAGCAACAUGACAUUACACAUUCCUGGUAGAUUACUUUGGAUUAAUGUUUGGUGUUCUGGCACCUGGUAACCCUUUAGACUCGUGGAUCUAAAGGGUCAUUAAAUCAUUCUAGCUGUAUCUUCCUUAAUCGGGUAUUUGAACCUAAAGCUAAUCUUCAAGCAGUUCCUGUUUGCAGAAUUACCAAGCUGUGCGCACAUUUCCUUUUUCACAGGUUGUUUAUGGAAAUCUUGAAUAGCUGUUCUGAUUGUGAUGAAAUCCAGUUCAAAGAAGAUGGAAACUGGGCUCCUAUGAGGUCAAAGAAAGAGGUGCAGGAGGUGUCUGCUUCCUACAAUGGUGUAGAUAACAGUGAGUAGACUGCAUAGUUCACAUUCUUUAUUCAUAUCUUUUCGUGAUCUGUCAGCAUACUGUGAGUCGGCUGUUUCUUUGUAGAUUUGUCUCGGUCAGAAACACACGAACCAAAACGGGGGGCUACUGACAACGGCAAAAAGGUUGAUGUGAUCGACCUGACGCUGGAUAGCUCGUCAGAGGACGAGCUGGACGACGAGCCUCCUCCAAAAAAAGCCUGUCCUUCAAUGUCGCCUGUUUCUCCUCCUCCAAAUAAGGGGUGAGUGUCCAAACCACAAACACAAAGAAAGAUUAUCAGAAAAACUGCAGGUUGUUGUCUGAUCUUAAUCCUGAUCCAGUUUUUUGAUGAUGAGUAUGACUUGCCAAUCAGUUAGUAGUGCUUGAGUAUGAAAUAGAAUUCGAUCCAGAGUGCAGUGGGGCUCAGCAAUAAUAUGGGACAAACAUCAGAGCUCCAAAUGCCUGAAGUAAAACUAACAGCAGUCACAUCAUGUUGUUAAUCACCUCGUAUGUUGUCAGAAGCUUUGCUGCACAGCUUUGGACAUACUGUAAUUCCAAAACUGUAAAAGACGACAAAAAUCUGCAUUCUCUACCACAGAGAUGGGCUGGUUUUGUAAUGUUGUGGGCCUUUUAGCUCCUUUAGAGUCCUGAGGAGGUUUAUUUAAAAUCCCAAGUUUUUUCCUUUAGCUCAACAGCCUUUUGUUCUGUAACUCAAGUGAACAGGCGAUAUACAGUUUGCAUGUUUAUUUUGUAGAUGUCGUAUUAAAUUGGUAGUGAACACAGCUUCACUGCUAACACUUUAGUAAACAAUCUUACUGUGUGUAUUGCAGUUGACUGUUUGACUAUUUUCAGUAAAUGCCCUUAUCGGCUCUGAUUCGAUGGUUGGGAUGGUGAUCAAACCUCUGGUUUUUAUAUCUAGUUUCUUGUUGUUUCUGUCGCCUCGAUCUCUCAGAGUGCUGAACCUACACAGCCAGGCCUCACCUGUGACCAGAGCUCCCAGCAUGCCCCCUGUGGAGACCAGUUACAUUCCUCCUCCUCCACCUCUUAUCCAGGACUACCGCCACUAUUACCACUCGACUAGUGACUUGCCAGGUAUGGCUCUUGUUUGCUCCAAACGAUGUUUUCUUAUAUUUUUAGAUUAUUGUCUGAGUCAGUUUGCUGUUUUAAGGUUCAGUCCUACUGAGAUGUGGUCAAUGUUUAUGUCAUGGUCGUUCUGUGUCUACUUUCUGUUGUAUCAGAAAACGACAUACUCAGUCAGCCAAAUCCUCAUAUGAGUUUAAGCAGAGUGUAAGCAUGCAAACAGGGCCACUGAUUAUUUCCUUGAUCUUGCACAUCACAGCACAGCAUGAGUUUUCAGAGUCACAGAGACAAAUUGGGACUAAUUGGUAAUCAGGAAAUAUUGUAUAAUUACAUCUCACUGAAGUCCACAUCAGUUAACAUUGUUGCUAAUAAGCACACUUAAAUUGUUUAAUAAAUUAAAUAACUCCCCCAGUUUGAAAGUUUCCCAGAGAAAAUGAAAAAAUGAAGACAAGUCAUUGUCGCACAAGGUCUUGACCAGCACAGAGCAUAUUUACUCUCUGAUUCUGACUGAUGGGUCUUUUUUCAACAUGAACAUCAGAGCUGAGACAAUACAUCAGCAUUGUAGUAACCUCUGUCUUACAGUGUAGGUAAGAAUCAUUUCACAGCUGGUGUGGGCAGCAGAAAAAGUAGUUAUGAGACAGACUAUACAAAAUCCAGAAGAACCAGUUAUGAGAGCAGAUAAUUGUUGAUCCAGAAAUAUUUUUAUUAAAACGUUCUCCUUCUCUUGCAGAUCUAAAUUUCUUCUCCUUCCUCCAAGGCGACAAUCAGGUAUAUUUUCUCAGACCCGUGAUCUUAGAGCAGCAUCAUACUACAGUUUGCUUGUGCUUAGUUGUAGUGCUUACGGUCAUUUCUUGUUGUCUUUUCAGCAUUACAACAUGGUGAUGGCAGCGGCGGCGGCUGCAUCAGCAUCAGAGGACCACGACCUGCUCCUUAACCGCUUCUUGCCGUACAGCUCUUCUCAGAUGAUGCGGGAGCAGCCAGGCACCCCUGGGAGCAGCACGCUGGUGGCCACUAAUGGAGGCAGCAACAGUGGCAGCACCAGUAGUUUGGUGUCUUCUAGCAGUCUACGGGAUCGGGACAAAGACAGAGACAGGGACAGCCACUCCAUCUCAGGAUUGUCGAGGUCCUCGGUGGAAGCUGCAGCAGCAGCCAUUUAUGGCUCCAUGUCUGACGUUAUCUCUCUUGACUGAGCCACACAGAACUGAACGACACAGGACACCUGGAGAACAGGAGCUCUUUGUAAAUAAGGAAGAGGAAGAAGAAAGAAUACAGUGCUAUGUACAGAGAGGAAAAUCUAUUUUCAAUUUUACUUAUCAUAUGUAUAUAAACUUAGGACGCUUCUUGUCCGGUGAGUUACUUCAGUUGAUAUUUUUCUGUGAAUACUGAAGACUUUUUCACACCUCUUCAUGUGGUCCUUUGAUUAUAUUGUACCUUUUGUACCUGGUUUUUACAGUUUUGUUUGAUAUUCCAUGUCAACGGCAUUAUUUCAGUAUAAUGUUAUGUGCACAGAACCCAAUAAGGUGACAUCUUACGGAACAUUAUCUUUAGAGCAUAAAGAAAAUGGGCAUUGUUAUAGUAACUUAUACAAAAGGCAGGUCACAGCAAGACAGGAACAUGGGUAUCUCUUUAUUUAGUUUCUAAAUAGCACCAUUUCUGUUUAACGCUUUGACAGCAGAAAGAUCUGGUGAUUUUUGCCAUCACUGUAGAUUGUUCUGUACGAGAUUCAUGCUGUGGUAAUGUUAUUUCUAAGGAAUUAUUUAUGAUGUAAGUUAUGUUGGAUGUAUGCUGUUUUUUAAAGAAGCAUUCCCUCUGCCUCUAGGAACUGUUGCCACUAGAAAUGCAAAAAAGAAAACGCUAGAUCCUCCUGUUGUCAUAACUCUGCACCCUUUCAGUCAAAUCAAACAUGAACAAUAUUGUUUAUUCCAUAACAUCACCUGAAAAUGCUUAAAAACUGGGAGUGUUUCAGUAUUGUAGAACCAGGCUUGUUCAGUGUGUGAAUGAAUGGCACUCGUCCAUCCAGCAAGCAGCCUUCUAUUGUCGUGACACAAUUGGACCUUUUGUGCUCAAAUACCAUUUGCAAUAUUGUGUCAUUUUCUUUUAAACUAUGUGUGUUUUUUAAUAGAACUCUUAAAAAUAUACACAGGAAUUUAAAGCAAAGUGGCUUAUUGUCAGCAAUGCGUUUCUGCUCCACUUUUAAAGUAAGUCUCUGGUCCAUUUUAGGUCAGUCUUUCACUAAAAGGCUUAAAAAGUGAAUUGAUAACAUUUGGUCAUGUCUCUGUUUAAUUUAGCACUUGCUGUUUUACAUAAUGGCUGUGUGAAGCAGUGAAGCAUUCACAGUUGCAGUAAACACUUUAAGAAAUUUUCAGCUUUGCAUGUCUGCGAAUUACCUGAAAGCUCAUUAUUAUUUAAGUGCUGUGCUGUUCCUUAGUGAGGCUGCUGGAGAAGUAGCUUUUAUUACAUUAGGUUCAUGUGCAGCAGCCUUUAAGAUAACUGUGAUAGAUUUAUCUUUGAGUGUAUCACAAAAUGCAUUCUGGCCCGGACAUUAAAACUAUUGAAGUUAUCAUGGACACCCCCCUCCCCUUAUUUUUCUUGACUUGUGCUUACAAUUAGGAUUAUUUAUUAUCAUAUAUAUUUUCAGCAUUUGUUUGAUUUGUGGAUAUGCAUUGCUCUCAUUGUAUGUGAUAUUUCUUUUGUAAUUAUAUAAUUAAUGCUAUUUAAAGAUGUCAUUGUUGCUUGACAUGCAUUGUAACACGUUCUGUUUCUCUGUUUUACUCAGAUGAUGUCAAUAACUCGAUAGAGGCUUUGAUCAUUUUGAACUGCUUCAAGGUCUACUGUGCUGUUUGAUAUUUGUAAGAAUUAAACAGAUAUAAGAAGGUGCA